AUGCAUCUUAUGUACUAUCUCGACGACAAAGGGAAGCGAGUUUACACUUUGAAGGUAAGCUUAAGAGCAGAUCAAACUUUUGUUAAGGUUUUUAAAGACUUUUUUAACGUGAUUUCCAUCAAGUGUAUACAGCUGAGUCCACGUGCGUAGAGGUCACUCAAAUCAUAAGUUUACUCUAUUCGCAAAAUGACUCGAAAACGAUUAUUCUUCUUUGAUUUGCAGAAGAUCGAUCCUUCAGGCCACCCGACAAAGUCUGCUCAUCCAGGUGUUGUCAUCUUUUCCCUUUUUUAUAAUCGCAGCGCAUGGAAGAACGAACGUUUAGAAGCCAUUCUUAUCCCGGCUUGGGUAAAACCGGAUAAAGAAUGGCUUCUAAACCUCUAAACAGCGUUUACAUAGUACAAUUCAGGAAGAAACCAGAACAUUUCGGAGUAAGAGCUAACGUUGACAUGGUUUGGCCAACUCUAGCGCACACUGUUGGGACCUCAAGUCUGAGUGUCCUCAUUAGGGAGAGUAGGAUUUAUCGGCGUGUCCAUUAUAGCGAGCUGUCCCCGAGAAUUGACUGUACCUAGUGUACUGCUGCCUGCUAGUGGAUAUUGUCGAUAUUUAGGCUAUGUUGACACUGUACCAGAAAGCUUCGGUUUUGGCCAGCACAAAAACCAUACCGGCUAGGGCUUCUGCUCUCACAUAAUUUCGGCACGGGUCCUGUAACAGAGUGACGCUGCACUGUGCUAUCACUAAAGUGGAGACCUGAGAGUCACAUUUUGGCUUAGCCUGCAAUUAUAUAGCGUCUCUCCUCGCUCAUGGCUGGUAGGGACGUUUCACAGGGGAGGUGUCUGUGUUGUGGUUCAAUUUUGUCCUUGGUUUAAAUUUUAUUUUCUUUUGUUUUAAACUCAUUAUCAUACCUUAACAUACCUAAAAACAAAAGAAAAUAAAAUUUAAACCAAGGAUAAAAUUGAACCACAACAUCUGCACUUUAGCAACAGAAAUUUGAUACUGAUAAGGUAAAAUCAAUCCAGAAUUUAGUCAGGAGCUCUGAUUGGCUAAUGUUGUAGUUAUAUUGUUUUUGCUAUUAUUUAUGAAGACAAAAGAUAAAAGGCCAUAAAGGUCAAAUGUAAACGCGAUGAAUCUGCUACAAAAUAGUCAAUAUUCUUGGAAUAUAUUCUUCUUAGAAGAAGCAUUUGAGUUUGCUGGAGCUUGUUUGCAGAAGAAUACUUUACCAUAAUUGAGCAGGAGAAACAAAAAAUCAAACAAAUUUACAUUUGGAGCCCUACAAAAAUGGCUAUUGGAUUAAUUAUGUGGAAUUUCUCUCGCUGAGGCACAGAUGUAUAUGUAUAUGGGGUGGCAAGUGACUCAAAGGGAUGUCAAAAAUUCAGGCUACUCCCUCCAUUUGCAUUUCUGGUUGCUUACCUCCGAAAAAUUGACCUAUUUUGGUGAGCUUAUAAAAGGCAACACUCCAGCUCUCAUUCAGGGGAAUGCACAUUCAGAACUCAGCUGUAAGAGUGUUACCCUGGGCACCAAAGUUUUGCCUGCUAUUAAGUUUAGAACAAUAUGGUAUUAUUGUGUUCAAUUAUCACCCUGCUACUUUUACAGUGAUCCAUGCUACGGUGGCAAAAUACCUCUUUAAAACUAUGCUGAAACUUGGAGACAGAGCCUUUAUGGCUGUGGCUCUAAAGCUCUUGAAUAUUUUGGUCCAUGAUAUUAGAACUACCACAGAUUUUACCUUAUUUAAACAAGUCUGUACUUUUUAAGCAAGCUUAUGGGUAAGGCCAGGAUUGUUCAUUAUUUGAUUUUAAUUCUUUGUAAGUACAUCAUAGAUGGCUAAAUUUAUUUGUAUACAUUAGUUAUUCCAGUAUUUUAUUGUAAGGUGCAUUUUAAAACUUUGUUAAAAGAGCGUUUAAGCUCCACGUAUACAGCAGAUAGCAAUCGUCAGAUUCAAGUGAGAAUUUCUCAAAAUAGAAAAUGAGCAGAUAAAAACACCUCAAAAUGAUUCUUAUGGACAAAAAAAUCACGUGAAACUGCCAGUUUAUGUGUUGAAAUAAUGGUACGUCAAGUGGAAACUUGGUCAUGUGACACAAAUUCGCAUUUUUACUACCUGAGUAGUAAACUCAGUAAGCGAUCAGAUACACACCACUACAACACGAGGAAAAGGGACAAUCUAAAUCUCCCUCUAUGCAGAACAGUUACCACGCAACGGUCAUUUUUCUAUCGCGCUGUAAGUGCUUGGAACUCUCUGACCUCAGACACUAGAAAUAGCCCGUCACUAUGUACCUUUAAGAGGAUCGUCAAACACGAAUUGCGGGUGCAGACCCCAUGCAUUAAAUAGUUAAUAUUUGAUUUAGUUUAGAUCUCCAAAGAGAUAACGUAAUUGCACGUGCAUAGUUUAAGGCUUUUAUUUUUGUACCAAGCUUUUUUCUUCUUAUCCCCUUCUUUUUAGCAUUUGUAAAUUAACUUCAGAAUAGCCCUGAGGGAGAGUUAAUAAAAUUAUUGUAUUAUAUUGUAUUGUAUUUGCCGUGAUGUAAAUGUGAUAAUUUGUGCAUUACAAACAAAUAUUUUCCUGCCAGCAGAGGCCUCUUUUCCCUGGUAAUCCAAUUUUGAAAUAUAAUACUGUAUAUAUAUAUAUAUUUUUAAAAGGUUGGACACAGCCGUCAGCCAUUCACUAUGUUGUAUUUUUCAGCACGCUUUUCACCAGAUGACAAGUAUUCCCGGCACAGAGUGACCCUAAAAAGAAGAUUUGGCAUCUUACCUACUCAACAACCUAAGCCUGUUUACUAA